CGCUUUGAACGAGUUCAGUGAGCAAGCAGCAUGAACGGUGCGAUGUGGAGGGUGGUGAGCAGAGGCAGUUCGUUGAUUUUCCAUUCGAAAAAACGGAAUGCUCUCUCCGUCACUGCUCGUGCGUUUUCCGCUCCCACCGGUCUCUAUGGCUUGCCUCAUUUGAAGACCGCAAAAGGCUUUCAAUCCUUCGUCGAUGAAGCCAUUCAAAGGUCUGGAGAACUCAUCAGUUACAUUUGCAAGAAACAGCCCGCUGGUGAAGUAAUGCGGGCAAUGGAUGAGAUUUCUGACACUGUAUGCUCUGUUGUUGACUCUGCUGAAUUGUGUAGGCAUACCCACCCUGACAGAGAGUUUGUUGAGGAGGCCAGCAAGGCAUCGAUGAGAAUUAAUGAAUAUCUACAUUAUCUGAACACGAAUCAUGAUCUAUAUGACGCAAUUAAGAAAGCCGAGCAAGAAUGUCACAUGCUUUCUGAGGAAGCUAAGAGGGGAGUUAGAAACUUACGUGCUGACUUUGAAAGGGGUGGAAUUAAUCUCUGCUCCGGGAAAUUAGAUCAAGUGAACACGCUAAAUAUUGAAAUUUCUCAGCUAUGCAGAGAGUACAAUGAGAAUAUUGUCAUGGACCCAGGAACUGUUGAUAUAUAUCCUUCUUCUCGCAUCCCCAGGAAUUUGCAUUAUCUUGUAAAGCCUAUACAUCGGUCGGUAUCAUUAAUAACCAAGGAUUUAUCAGGGUCUAGGGGCAUCCUCAAAGAGAAAGGAUUUCGGAUUACAACAGACCCACAAACUGUUUCUUCUGUACUACAAUUUUCAUCUGAUGAUGAGGUUAGGAAAAUGGUAUAUAUACGAGGAAAUUCUGUUCCACAGGCAAAUGUUGAUGUCCUCAAAAGGCUUAUAUCUGCACGACAUGAGCUAGCUCAGAUAAUGGGGUGUAGUUCUUAUACUGAAUUUUCUAUUAAGCCUAACAUGGCUUUAUCACCAAAAGUUGUAAUGUCAUUUUUACUCGAAAUGAGCAAGAUGGUCAAGCCUAAGACUAGAGAGGAGCAUAGGUUACUCACGAAAUUCAAGAGAGAAAAAUGUGGUCAAAGUGAUGGAGAUUUAAGGCCAUGGGAUGAGACCUAUUACAUGACAAUGAUGAAGUCCUCUGCUUAUAAAUUGGAUGCUUCGGUUGUAGGUUCAUAUUUUUCCCUCUCAAACUGUAUUGAGGGUUUGAAGGUGCUAGUGCAGUCAUUGUUUGGUGCAACCUUUCAUAGCAUACCUCUAGCACCUAAUGAGUCUUGGGAUCCACAUGUGCUUAAACUAUCUCUUCAUCAUCCCGAAGAGGGUGACUUGGGAUAUUUAUACCUCGAUUUAUACUCGAGAAAGGGAAAGUAUCCUGGUUGUGCUCACUUUGCAAUAAAAGGGGGUCGCAGAAUUUCUCAGACAGAAUACCAACUUCCAAUUGUAGCUCUUGUUUGUAACUUUCCGGGAUCUCAAAAUCCAUCAGCCGUAAGACUCAAUCAUUGGGAAGUAGAAACUCUAUUUCAUGAGUUUGGACAUGCUCUUCAUUCUUUGCUUUCAAGAACGGACUACCAGCACUUUUCAGGCACCAGAGCGGUUUUGGAUUUUGCUGAAAUACCAUCCAACCUGUUUGAGUACUAUGCAUGGGAUUAUCGAGUUUUGAGAAAAUUUGCUAGACACUAUUCAACUGGCGAACAAAUUCCUCAGAAGUUGGUUGAGUCAAUGCAGGGUGCCAGAGAUAUGUUUGCUGCAACGGAACUGCAACGUCAGAUCUUCUAUGCUCUUGUUGACCAGACACUUUUUGGAGAGCAGCCACUCCCUCAUGGUGACAUUAGUUCUGUUGUCGCCGAACUAAAAGGAGAGCACACGAAUUAUGGACAUGUGGAAGGCACGCAUUGGGAGACCCGAUUCAGUCAUCUGCUUAAUUAUGGUGCAGGUUAUUAUAGCUAUUUGUAUGCUAAGUGUUUUGCUGCAACCAUAUGGAAAAAACUGUGCGAGGAGGAUCCACUUUCAUCAACUACAGGAUUUGCUUUAAGAACAAAGUUCUUACAGCAUGGAGGUGCCAGAGAACCAGAUGCAUUGUUGAAUGAUCUAAUGGGAGAUGGAAUAUACAGGUAUCAUGAUGGAGGGAUAGUGCCUGAUAUUUCAUGUCUUUGUAAUGAAAUGAAGCUGGUUGAGGAAUAUCCUAUGGAGGUCCAUUUGUAGUGAUUUUUAGGAAAUAGGACUGAAUCAACUAGCUAGUACUCAGCAUAUUUUCCUCGGCGACACAGCAAACAGUUGUACCAUUCAAACUAUGGUGUCAAUUUUUUUUGGUGUCUCAAUAUCUUUGUUUACACGACCCUAUCAUAUGAAAAAAGUAAAGUGAGAGGAUCCAGUUUUGACGUAA